UCAGACCAGCCAGUCUCUUUUCAGCCUCCCUUACUUUCACUGUGUAACCACAGAAAGCUGAUCUCAGAUCGGCGGACCGUGUCUUCCGUCCACACUACCAGCUUUUUGGGACUCAGACCAGAGGAAAUCGUGUUCCGUCGGCAGCAGCAGGUCGGCUCAUCCACAGCAGACCACGGCGAGGGGACGGACAAGCAGGCAGCGGAGACUGAUAGGACCCGCGGAGGAGUUUAAUGCAGAAGCACAUCCAGCGGAGGAAGAGAGCACAGAGAACUGAGUGGCGCCGCACGCGGACUACUUUCACUCUCAGCUAAUUUCCAACAUUUUUCCAUUCUUUGCGGCUCUCGGAGCCUCAUUUAUAAGGAGAGCUAGCGGAAUGUAUUGCUAACCAGCUAGCUAAUGGUAGCUAGCUAAUUAGCUUGUCAGGGAACCCGAGAGUCGGACGUGUGAUCUUUAUUAAAAAAAAAUAAUAAAUAGGUCACUGUUUGGCGUCAUUUCACUUUUUUUCCUUUUUGGAAAAUUCUACCUUUUUUUAGCUGCUGUUUAUAGAUUCUAAAAUGGCCAUUUUGGUUUUUAUUUAACAGCCAACGCCAAGUUAGACAAUAAACAGAGCGAGCUUUUCCAUAUUGAUUAAAUCUGCUCUAUAUUAUCCGGGUGUUUUUGUGAAUACCAAGCAGCGAAGGAGAAAACAAAGGAUUAUAGGAGAAGAAACAGAAAAGAGAAGCAGACUUUAGAUCUUUAGACCCCCCCUCCACCCCCUCCGUCCAAUGUUAAUGUCGACCGACGUUGCAUCUUUAAUGCUGCCCGUUAAUCGGGGAAUCAUGGACCGCGAUAUUGAGACGGCGGCCGCCGGAGCGCAUCCGAACGCGGCCGCAGGAGCCGCGGUUGUCCGGGGGAUGAAGCGCGGUGACCCGGAGCCGGACGCUCAGACCGCCGCUGCCCUGACUGACCUGGCCGGGGCGGAAUGCAAGAGACCCCGGAUAGACGGCUCCGGUGACAUCGGACAGAACAAUGAGCCUUUAAACCCCGGUUUCCAUGGAUAUGCACCUCACAGUCAGGGCUCCCAGGACUCCACCGGAGGACAGGAGGGUCUAGUGGCCCCACCCUUUACAACCUUCCCUCCUCCACCCCCUCCUCAAAACGGCCUGACUGGAACAGAGUUUGGCCCGGGGGGCAUGUUUGGUGCUGCUGGUCAGGCCACAGCAGAGGUCGGAGCCGGCGGUAACGGAGCCACGAACGCACCCAACAGCAACAAUGGAAAGACAGAGGAGACGUCCCAGGGUGAGGCGGGGGCGCAGUGUUCGGCAGGAGGUACAGGAGCAGGAGGUUCCGCAGGAGACUCUGGAGAGGCCAAAGGGACUCCCAAACGCCUCCACGUCUCAAACAUCCCUUUCCGCUUCCGGGACCCAGACCUCAGGCAGAUGUUUGGGCAAUUCGGGAAGAUUCUGGAUGUAGAGAUUAUUUUCAAUGAGAGGGGUUCAAAGGGUUUUGGCUUUGUGACAUUUGAAAACAGCGCAGACGCAGAGAAAGCCAGGGAAAAGCUCCACGGCACGCAGGUGGAAGGGCGUAAGAUCGAGGUGAAUAAUGCCACCGCCAGGGUGAUGACUAACAAGAAAAUCGUCAGCCCUUACCCUAAUGGAGAGGCUCUCAGCACGCUGCCCUAUGGUUGGAAACUUAGUCCCAUGGUGGGAGCUGUGUAUGGACCUGAGAUCUACGCAGUGCCAGGGUUUCCCUACCCAACCGCAGCAGCGGCAGCAGCAGCCACGACAGCUGCAGCAGCUUUCCGCGGUGCCCACCUCAGGGGCCGAGGUCGGCCCGUUUACAGCGCCGUCAGGGCUGCUGUGCCUCAGCCUGCCAUCCCUGCCUACCCUGGCGUGGUGUAUCAGGAUGGGUUUUACGGAGCUGCAGACUUAUAUGGAGGCUAUCCUGCUGCUGCCGCCGCGGCCGCCGCUGCAUAUCGCUACGCCCAGCCUGCUGCCGUAACCGGAGCAACCGCCGCCGCUGCCGCCUACAGUGACAGUUAUGGCCGGGUUUACACUACAGAUCCGUACCACGCUUUAACUCCAGCUGCUGCCGCGUACGGAGUGGGAGCCAUGGCUAGUUUAUACCGAGCGGGAUACAGCAGGUUUGCUCCAUACUAAAGCCACAAAACCCAUCCAAGGAAUUCCACUUUGCUCCAAAGCUCCCUCUGAAGCUCUGUGUUUUGGCAGGAGCCUCCCCUCCAUUUUAUCUGCAGGCAGACUAUAAUAGUGACAGCACUCUUCUUACUUCCCCCUCUCGUUCUUUUCGUGGUCGUCGCCACGUCACCAAAACCAAACUCUCUCCUUCUCUCUCCUUCUUUUCUGUCGCCGACAUGGAAUCAGUUGGAGGAACAAAAAUCAAGUAAAUAAAAACUGUGAUAAGCAUCUCCCAAGUAUGAAGCUGGAUGAUUUGAACUCCAGAACAGGACUUUGGACUGUUAAGAAAAAA